AUGCUCUCUCUUCGUUCCCUCAUCAUUCUCUUCGGUCUUUUGGCUGUCGCUUUGGCAUGUGCUCCACAUAUGCCAAAGAGAGAAGUACAGCACGGGUACUGCAAGUUUUACGUCGAUGGAAAGAGUGACACCGACAGUGCUCGUAAGAAGAGAGACUCAGGAUCAGGAUCUGGAUCCGGAGAAGGUGGUGGCAAGAAGUACAACCGCUCCAAGAAGAGAAAGAAUGUCAAGUGCUACGAAUACGAGGAUGGAACCAAGGAUGAGGGAGCAGUUCUUGACAAGGGAGUCACCUACACCGUCACUGUUACCAAGAGCUAA